AUGAAGGGAAACCAGCAGCAAAAAGACGGCAAUGACUGUGCUCCUUCUGAUUAUGAUUAUCACAACUGCCAGACGCACAACUUUGAUAAUGCACAGAAUAAACCCGGAAACUGCCAGGUCGAGGGAAAUGUACCAGCUCCUGCCUGUGUUGAACAGGAGAUAUCUCAAUCUGAAGCUGUGGAUUACGGGCGCUACACUGCCAUCCAGCCCGCGGACCUGCCAAAGCAAAACGAUAUUCCUGACAUUGCAAGCUCCACUCCGGGACUGAAUAACUUCAAUAUAUUUGAUGCCAUUAUUAAUGAAACGCCGACCUUUUCACUGGACCCAGGGCCAGGAAUUUGCUCUUCGUGUGCUCACCCCAGAGCAUCCAAAGAUCUAGAGGCAUAUCAAGAGCAGGUGCCAGAGAGGACUAUGCAACAUCGCAGGCAGUUUUAUCAACAAAAGUUCACUGUGAGCCCAGCCUCUCUCGCAGCGAUAGAUUUAUCCACUGGAAGAAUUACUAGAACCAAUUUAUCCACCACACGGUCGCCAACGCCGCUACCGGGAACCCCUGAGAGCCUGGAAAGUGUUUAUAUAUCUGAAAACAAGGGGAAAACAGCACUACACAUUAGUGUCGAGCGCGGCAAUCUGGGAAUCGUGCGUUUACUGCUGCUCUACGGGGUUGAAGUCAAUAGGAGAGACAAAUUGGGCCGAACAGCACUACACUAUGCAGCAUGUGGUGCACACAUCGAAAUUGCUACAGAGCUACUUAUCGCGGGAGCGGACCCGGAAGCUCGCGAUAAUGAGGGCAGGAGCCCGCUCCAUGCCGCAGCUGAUGCCGAGUGUGAGCCAAUGAUACGGUUGCUAGUACGAGAGGGGGCGGACUUGAAUGCAGCUAUAGGCAUUAGCGGUAGUAGCAGUAGCGAGAGGGAUUAUAUGCCCGGUUAA